CUUGAAGGCCAGGAUUGGCUGGCUGUAGAGACUCUGGUCCUGCUUCUGUUGUCACGUGGUGUGCGUUGUUUUAUCACGUGGCCGCCGCCAAGGCCACUCUGCUCCUGUCGUUUCUUUGGAUGCCAGCGCUGCUACCUGUGGCUUCCCGCCUCCUGUUGCUACCCCGAGCCCUGUUGUCCAUGGCUUCAGGAAGCUGCCCGUCCCAGCCCUCUCAGGCCUCGGGCUCCAGCUAUGUUCCAGGAUCAGUUUCUGCAGCUUUCGUCUCUUGCCCCAAUGAGAAAGUCGCCAAGGAGAUCGCCAGGGCUGUGGUGGAGAAGCGCCUAGCAGCCUGUGUCAACCUCAUCCCUCAGAUCACAUCCAUCUAUGAAUGGAAAGGAAAAAUUGAGGAAGACAGUGAGGUGCUAAUGAUGAUUAAAACCCAAAGUUCCUUGGUCCCAGCUUUGACAGAAUUCGUUCGGUCUGUGCACCCUUAUGAAGUGGCUGAAGUAAUUGCAUUGCCUGUAGAGCAGGGGAACUCUCCAUACCUGCACUGGGUGCGCCAGGUCACAGAGUCUGUUUCUGAUUCCAGCACAGUCCUACCAUGAGUCCUGUCCUCAAUUCUCUCAUACACUUCAUUAUCCUCUGACUUCCAUGGAGUGACUGGGCCCUCAAUAAAUCCUGUCCCUGGUUUUC